AUAACACGAAGAAGACAAAACGGAAAUUACGGCAGCUCCUUUUCCUGGCGAUGCUAGAUAAACAAACAAAAGCAAUACAGUAUAUUAGAUAGAUUUAAAAGUCUUGGCCAAUUUCGAUGUGUUUCUAUUUAUAGAUAUGUCCAUGAGGAACAAUUCAUCCCUGUGAAUCCACAAUAAGUGAGACAAGAAAAGGUCUGGCAUCAUACUUGCUAAGUUAGCUGGCAGGCUAUGUAGUUAGCUUGUAGUGGUUGGCUCGACAUGUUAAUUUUAGUGCUGGAGUGAAGGAGCGCGACAUGAUGGCACGACACUGUUGCGGUGCUAGCGAGUAGCUCCACUUUCACCUGAAGAUUGGAAGACUGUGGGAAACAGGAAAAAUUAAAGUUUUACCCCCGACUGCUCUCCGUAAGACCUCCACAUCGUCACCAUGGCGUGGGCUCUGAAGUUGCCCCUUACGGAUGAAGUGAUUGAGUCCGGACUGGCCCAGGACUUCGAUGCCAGUCUGUCGGGCAUUGGCCAGGAGCUUGGUGCUGGGGCAUAUAGCAUGAGCGAUGUUCUUGCCCUCCCCAUCUUCAAACAGGAGGAGUCCAACCUGCCUCCAGACAGCGACAACAAGAUCCUUCCCUUUCAGUAUGUUCUGUGUGCAGCUACCUCGCCCGCUGUUAAACUGCAUGAUGAAACCCUCACCUACCUCAACCAAGGUCAGUCCUAUGAAAUUCGAAUGCUUGACAAUCGGAAAAUUGGGGAACUUCCAGAAAUCACUGGUAAAAUGGUUAAGAGCAUCAUCCGCGUGGUGUUUCAUGACCGACGACUUCAGUAUACAGAGCACCAGCAGCUGGAAGGCUGGCGCUGGAACAGGCCUGGAGAUCGCAUCCUCGACCUGGAUAUCCCCAUGUCCGUCGGCAUAAUCGACCCCAGGGCUAACCCUACUCAGCUUAACACUGUGGAGUUCCUUUGGGACCCAUCGAAAAGAACCUCAGUUUUUAUCCAGGUACACUGCAUCAGCACAGAAUUCACCAUGCGCAAGCACGGAGGAGAGAAGGGUGUGCCUUUCCGCAUCCAGAUUGACACGUUUAAAGAGAAUGAGAAUGAGGAGUACACAGAACACCUCCACUCUGCCUCCUGCCAGGUCAAAGUCUUCAAGCCCAAAGGUGCGGACAGAAAGCAGAAGACGGACAGGGAGAAGAUGGAGAAGAGAGCUCCGCAGGAGAAGGAAAAGUACCAGCCCUCCUAUGAAACCACAAUAUUGACAGAGUGCUCGCCCUGGCCUGAGGUCACGUACGUCAACAACUCUCCAUCUCCGGGCUUCAACAGCACGCACAACAGCUUCCCAGUUGCGGAAGGAAAUGGAUCACCAAACCAUCAGCCUGAGCCCGUCAUUCAGGUAGCAGAUAAUUUGUUACCCACUGCAACACCACAAGAUGCACAACAGUGGCUUCUAAGAAACCGCUUCUCUCCCUUCUGUCGACUCUUCACCAACUUCUCAGGGGCAGACCUGUUGAAGCUGACCCGGGAGGACGUCAUUCAGAUCUGUGGGCCAGCUGAUGGUAUAAGACUCUUCAAUGCACUGAAAGGACGGGUGGUGCGCCCGAGGCUGACCAUCUACGUUUGCCAGGAGUCUCAGCAGGCACGGGAACAGCAAGUGAAACAUGAAAACGGAGAUGCUGCCACCAACACUUUCUUUAUAUAUCACGCUAUUUACCUGGAGGAGCUCACAGCUGCUGAGCUGACGGAGAAGAUCGCUCAGCUGUUCAACAUCUCACCCAGGCAGAUAAAUCAGAUCUUCAAACAGGGUCCCACAGGCAUCCAUGUGCUGGUCAGUGACGAGAUGAUUCAGAAUUUCCAGGAUGAAGUAUGUUUUGUAUUGGACACAAUGAAAGAUGACACAAAUGACGGAUACCACAUCAUCUUGAAGUGAACGCUGGGCUGGAGAAAAACUGCUUGCUGUCCUCUUUAGACCCGAUCCAGUCAGCCCCUCUAGAGCUUCAUACUCCUCGCUGGAAUAUGUGGAGAUGCCCCGAGAAGCCCCUUGAGGCUGCUAGAAGGAAGAUGCGACUGAAGCACCCAGCCCUCUCCUCACUAUACCUUACUGUCUUACUUCUGAGGGAGUGACUCUCGCCACAGUGAAGUCUCCUUCGUGCCCUGCCAUUGUCUCCCUUAAAUGGUUGCAUUUUCCUCUGUCGCUUAUGUCUCAUGAAAGAGGUUAGUGGCACCACAGCUGCUAUCACUGCUUGUUUGUUAGAUGAGCAUCUGCUGUGCCAAAGUUUGUUUGUUGUCUCUUCAGAAAAAAACAAAACAAAACAAAAAAAAUCUCAACAACAUAUAAAGGAAAGAAAAAAAGAAUAAAAUCAAAAUGAUAAAAGAUACUCUGACAGUACUUGAUCUUCAGUCUGCAAUGCAGCUUGAUUUCUCAUCUUGCAAGGUUGCCUUAUGGGAUCCACUUAAACCAGUCUGCAGCGUGUUUAUUGCUAAAAAACCAUCACACAGUCCACUCAGAGGAUCACAAGAGCUAUCAAAAUCAACGAUGAGGACAAUAAGGGAAGCUGUUGUAAUCUGGCUGCUCCUCUUUCCUUGGAAAACUAACGAUGUCAGUUAUUCACUGGUUUGAACUGUUUGCUUUGUCCUGGGUCCCACACACUGUUUGCUCCUUAUAGUUGGUGUAGAGCUCGUACUGGCACUCGUGAGAUGAUGAUACGCCAUCUAUGUUGGUGAUCACAGUGGCAACACCAGCAAACUGUCUGCUCCAUGUACUCGAUCUCCCUGUCUGCUUUUUUUAAUUUUUUUUUUUUUUUAAGCAUUUCAUUAUGUCCAUUAUGUUCAUUUGUAGCCAUUUUCCCCAAAUUAUUUGUAAAUAGAUCAUUAUUUUGAGAUUUUCCAUAAGGUAUUAUGUGUUACUUUAGCAUAUAUUUUUUUAAGAUAAUCUUUUUAACAGUCUCGUCAUUAUGGUUUUUGGAUGUUAGCACUUCCGAAUACUAAUACAUGUAGUGGCCACCAUGGCUGCAUGUGAAAAGAUAUGGUUACUUCAUGUUCAGUCCAUUGUGCUGCUUACAUGGAAUUGAUAGCUUGACAUUUUAGAUAUCCAUCUUUGCCCUCAUCUCAUCAGCAUUAUUAAAAUACUUACCCAUUUACCGGUG